UGCCUCUUGAAUGUGCAAUGCCUAAAUGCCCAUGACUUCCAGAUCUCUGGGCAAUGACGUGAGGCAGCGAGAGGAUCUGGCCAGCUGUGGCCUGGCGCAGAGGGAGCAGGCCAUCGCCGAAAGCGUGUGGCGAAGCCAGGAGAAGGACCUGGAGCGGCGCGUGGCCCUCUUGGAGGCGCUGCUGCGGCGCAGCAGCGGCCUGGACCGGCCGAAGGUUCAGCCGAGCCAACGAGGGGAGCCUUUCUCCUCCGGCUACGAGGGUCCCUUCGUCAUGCGCGGCCAAGCGCCGGAGGAUGGCAUCUACUUCAGCCGUGCCCCGGUAGAGGCCACUGCUUCAACGUCUGAGAGGCCGAUGUCUCGGCUGCUGGCUGGUGACUUUGAGAGUGUCACCAAAUACUUCGGUUUCUGAG